AUGGCCUUCAGACCUGUGUUCUGUCUUCAGCUCAUCUGGCAUCGCGCUCUCUGUAACCCUCCGCAAAUUGACACACGGUUCAUAGAGCAACAUCUCAAAGCCGUGCACUUGAAAGGCAACAAGACUCAUGACUGCCACGUUUUUUCGGGCCAAGCGCUACGUAAUUCGCCUCGCGCAUCGCUCGUUCAAGCUGCAGGCUGAUGUAGUCGGGAUUCUAAACUUACUGGUCGUGCAGUAGUGAAUCCUGUGCUCGCUCACAACAGACCUAAGAAGAGGCUCAGACGCUUCAGUCGAUUGAUGUGGAUGACUGGGCCGUACUCUGACUUACACUGUCAGCCAUGAAUCGUCGGACAGUAAGCCAGCGUGUCCCACCACAGACCUCGACACCCGCUCCUAUUCUCUAUCCUCCGUCUGGACCUUCUUCCGGUCGAGCUUCCCCGUAUCCGGCUCCACUGAGUGCAGGAGGUCCUGGCUCAGGGUUCAACCAUGCUCCUGGGACCUCCAAUGGCCUUUACCAACGAUCCGGAUCUUCCGCUUCGCAGUAUUCUGAAAGUCCCUUUGGAGGCGGAAUGAGCAGUAAUGGAGGCUAUACACGGGCCACACAUGAUGUCGAGGGCCAGAAUGACGAGCGAUUGGAAGGGCUAUUAGGCAAAGUCAAGGUGCUGAAGGAUAUCACUGUGGGGAUCGGUAACGAGGUUAGAGAUGGAAACCUGGAGCUGACAGGCAUGAAUGACGCCUUUGGAUCCACUUCCAACUUUCUCAACGGCACGUUCAGAAGAAUGAACAAGAUGGCAAAGAAGCAGGGCAUAGGCUGGUGCUACUUUAUGCUGUUCCUACUAUUUGUACUUUGGAUUUUCGUGGUCGUCUGGUGGCUGCGGCGGUAAUGCAUGAGGUAUGUAUGGGUGAUCUACGGA